GAUCAGCUGAGCUCGAUCACGUGGCUCCGUGUCGAAGGUCAGUCCAGCACAAUGGAGCUGCCAGAGUAUGCUCUGAAAGGACUGCAAUUGCUGGCCGAUCCCAGCCAUUUCUCCGACAAAACAUUCCACAUUUUAGUGGAAGCGGCUUUCGCGAGCCUCCUAAACCCGCAAACCGACGGAACAACUUUGAAUCAUGUAGAACUGAGAAAUUUGGACUUGACUUUGGUGAAACAAUGCCAUGUAGCCAUCGCAACCUGUGUGUUGGAGGCAGGAAAACAAAACGCUGACAUAUCGACUAUAAGCACGUUGUUGGAAGACUGUGGAUUUGGAGGAGAAAGAAUAGACUUACUUUGCGCAAAUUACCAGAAGAACAAAGAUAAAGUGGAAACCCUACUAGGAGGCUUGGGGAGAUUUCCUUCUCACAUCAUUGAUGCUUCUUGGCGCUUGGAAUAUCACAUUAGGAACAACCAUCUGCAUAAAGUUAAUCAGCCAGCAUAUCUGUUGACAUUAAAUGUAGAGAAUGGAUCCCAACCAGCUCAGGACGUUACUUUCAGUUGUACAAUGGAGCAAUUGCAGGAUUUGUUGGGGAAGUUGAAGGACGCGGCUAAAAGCAUGGAGAAGGCGAGUCAGAUUAAUAUGUGUACUAACGUUGGAAGUUCACUGGUGUAUUUGGUCGUAUGUAUCCUGCAUCGAAACCACUAUCGCUUUACUAUGCCGGGGAGUAUGUAUAGAUUUUUAAAGCGUGUUGAUAUUGGUCGAAUGCCGCUUGAGCUGGAGCUGAUGUGCGAAGCCGAACGGAUUGGCUUUGGUAAUAUGCAUAACAUUGCUAAUAUAGCACCGCGAUGUUCAUUAAAAUAUUUCCAACGAACAUGUAAUUGCCGGAAAUGGCUUUAUAGAACACAAUUCUUCCUGUUUCGCUUUACGUGGUGCUGGAGUAUCGUUGGUUUAAUGUCAAGCAGUAAACGUCUGAUUGCGAAUCCAGCUGCGAUGAUCCCUCUUUCAGAACGUGGCCAUUUUAGUCCAAAAAUGCACCGUACAACACGAAUCAAAAUAACAGAACUGAACCCCCACUUGAUGUGUGUGUUGUGUGGAGGAUACUUCAUAGAUGCAACAACCAUCAUUGAGUGUCUACAUUCAUUUUGCAAAACCUGCAUUGUUCGUUACUUGGAAACUAGCAAGUACUGUCCUAUUUGCGAUGUACAAGUACACAAAACGAGGCCCCUUCUUAACAUUAGGUCCGAUAAGACUUUACAAGAUAUUGUGUAUAAAUUAGUUCCUGGCCUUUUCAAAGAUGAAAUGAAACGUAGAAGGGACUACUAUGCUGCUCAUCCCUCUGCUGAUGCAGCAAAUGGCUCUAAUGAAGACAGGGGAGAAGUUACAGAAGAAGAAAAGAGGAUUAUAACAGAUGAUGAAAUCAUUAGUUUGUCAAUAGAAUUCUAUGAACAAAAUAAAACUGAACGAAAAGGAUCUGCAGAAAAAGAGAAAACUAAAGAUGAGAUGAAUGACAAGAGAUAUUUACGUUGCCCAGCAGCCAUGACUGUAAUGCAUUUAAGAAAGUUUCUAAGGAGUAAAAUGGAUAUUCCCCAUACCUUCCAGAUUGAUGUUAUGUAUGAAGAUGAACCAUUGAAGGAUUAUUAUACUCUUAUGGAUAUUGCUUAUAUUUACACAUGGAGGAGGAAUGGACCACUUCCUUUAAAGUACCGAGUGAGGCCAACAUGCAAAAGAAUUAAGAUUGGACAUCAACAAGAUGGAUUAAAUAACACCAGUGGAGAUUUAGAAAGUGACUCCGGUAGUGACAAGGCUAAUAGCCCAUCUGCUGCACCAUCUACAUCAUCAUCACUGCCCAGUCCUUGUACUCCAGGGCAGUCUCCACAUCCACAUUUCCCUCAUAUAUCUACAACUAUGAAUGGCUCCUCCAACCCCAAUACCAACCACCAAAUCCCAUUCAGCAAAAACAGGCCACGGAAAUCAUCUGUCAAUGGCUCUUCAGCAUCAUCAGGCUGACGAUAUUCAUCAACAAGGUAGAACUACGAUACGUGAAUGAAGACUAGUUCAUACCAUGCGACAAUAUCUAGAAAUGCUUAGCAUUCUGACCAUCAUUAAUAUCACUGUUUUGAAGUGAGUGGAUAUCUGGUUCAGAACAAAAAUAUGUGGCUUUACUACAAAUGGUUUUGACAGUCCCUUUCUGCAAGACAGCUUUCCAAAUUCCAGGAUGCAUAUUUGCAAUGGAUCCAUGUCACUGAAAUGUACGUUACACAUUUUGAGGAUAUUUACUCCCAUUGGCAUUGGAUUUACUUAACUGCAAAGAAGACUAUAUUCUUAAAGUGGAAAAUGAAGGAAGGAAAACUGGUUGGGAUACUAUUGUAAAGAUGUAAGCGCUGGAAGAUAAUUUGUAUAGUUUAAUUACACUGAAGUUUACUAUAACUGUAUAUCAACAUACUUUUAAUUUUGCCAAAAAUAGGCAUUGUGAUAUUGGCUGUACAGAUUAAAUAUAGAAGGAUAGUGAUUUUUCACAAAGAUACACACUGAAAAUGAAUUUUAAGAGGAAUGAAACAUAGAAAGAUGUAUCCUUUGUAGCCAUUUCACUGUGAAAAAUGACUGAAAAUAGAUGUUGACAUCUUUGGUUGUUAAAUGUUUUCUCCUGCAGCAUUUAGUAUAUGUACUACAAGGAAGUACUGAAUCGAUCAACUCAGAAUAAAAUUGUUUUAAUUAUAAAUAAUUUUAUACUUAAAGUGGGAUGGACUAAGUGAAUUGUCUGUAGAAUAAUAAUAUUUACUAUACUUUGUGAUUCUAUUGACUAAUUAAUUUCCCAGAUCUUAAAAGAUGCUGAAUGAAUUCAAAGGUAUAGUAUGUACAUAUGGUUGCCAAACAUCCAGUAUAUUCAUCAUACUCUCUAUUAGCACAUACUACCUUUGACAAUUCCAAUAAUUAUUUCUGAAUAUUUUGCCCCUGUAUAUUACCACAAACGAAUAAUGCGUAUUAAGGUAUAUAUAAAUGUUUUGCUUGAAAUGUUCAUUUCAAUUGUUUUCAUUUAAAUUGAACCUCCUGUCCAAAAUAGCAUUGACAACUUUUUAACAUUUGACAGAGGUUAUCUUGUUCAUUGACAAUUAAAUGUACUUUACAUUACAUUUUUAAAAAUAAUGUUACUUGUUUGCAAUGUUUUUUUCCUCUAUAGACAAUGUCAUUGUUCAGCAUUAAACCUGGUAUCUAUCCCAGCCAUGCCAGUGUACAGUGUUGGGGAGGACUCUGAAAAUGUAAAAAUAGAUCAAGAUUUUAAAAAUUCUAAUGCAAUUUGAAAUUACAUGGUGACUGUUAGUUUUAUUAAAUUAUAGUGAUUGAAGAUCAGAAAUAGAAUUGUUUAAAAUAUUUCCAUUCUCAAGUCUUUAAAAACUAAAUCUCCAAAACUCAACUUAAUUUGGUCCACCACAGAGCAAUUAACACUCGGCACUUCAAAAAUGUUUCAGGCAAUUUAAAAGAUGGCUACCUUCAUAAUAGAUAUAACCAUGUAAAGAGUAAUGUUCUGAUAAAGAGUUACCAAUAGUUGGUAAGACAACUAUCACACUGCGAUUAAGGCUUGUAAUUGCAUAAUUUUCUUGCAAAAAUCUCUUUAAUUGUUUCUGUCAUGAUAUGUUUAAACCAAAUGACUGACAGGCCUGUUACAGCAAUAUUAAUUAAUGAUGGAAAAUGAAAGCUUCAGAAACAGCUGAUUUUGUAUUCAUGACAUUUUUGUAGGUUUGUAUUUAACACAUCUGAAGUGACUUUCUAAAUGUCAUCUUUCAAGGAAGACAUUUGAGCUGAUUAGUGAACUGAAACUACAAGAACAGCAUUGAUUUAAAAGGAACGUUUUAGUUUUAAACUAUGGUAGCAAACAGUAUUUAAGAAAUCAUGGGGAAUUAAAUACUGUCUUAAAAUGCAUAAUGCUGCCCAAGUCUACUUGCAACUGGUAUAUAAUCGAGCAAGAUAACCUCCCUUUCAUCAUGGUCGGCAGUAUACACUUACCUCGCCAGACGCUUGAUGAUAAUUUCUCCUCAAGGUGGUCAGAUUCUGUGUGUGGAAAGCACGUGACAGUGUUGUUGUCUGUGUUUUGGCGUUGUUCUACUUUCGUUGAUGCUGUACCCAAGUCGGAUAUUUUAUCCUAAAUUGAAAAAAGCACAAUGCAACUCGUGCUUUAAUUUUAUUAAACGUCUA